UCGCCCUGCUCGCCCCGGCUGGACCCGGUUCGAUCGCUAGACUUUGUCUACUUUUUCGUAUCCCUUUCGAUACUGCCGAUUUACAGCAGCACUGACGGUGCCGUGCAGGGCAACAGCACCACACCGACGGACACGAAGUCUGCGAUCUUGUCGGAACGACGCUCGUGUAGCAACAAGAUAAGCAUUCCAAUCUGCUGUUCGAUCGAACCGAGCACAGCACCGGAUCAGAGGCUUGAACCCUGCUUUGCACCUCGCGCGGAGCCCGGUGGCACCGCAGCCAUCAUGCCAAAGAAGUUUUGACGCCCAUGACUCUGCUGGGCCGCGACAACAGCUGUAUCAUGAGGGGGCUCCACCAGAUCUUGGUCGAGGUGAAGCCAGAGCUCAAGCCCCUGCCCGGAGUCGCCCUGUUGUCCAAGAGCCACGGGAGGAAAACCCCGCCUACGGAUCGCUACUCGUACGGCAUUGACUGCGACGAGGUCUACCCGAGUAUAUUUGUCGGCGAUGAGGGUGCAGCAAAGAACAAGGAUUACCUGCGUGGUCUGGGGGUGACGCACGUCAUCAACACAGCGGAAGGGCAGAAGUUUGGCCAGGUGGACACUGGACAGGCCUUCUAUGCUAGUCACGGCAUACACUACCUGGGCCUCAAGCUCAUCGACAUACCUCAAGAAGACAUCUCUGCGCAUUUUGACAAGGCUGCAGAGUUCAUAGACGACUGCCUUCAGCAGGGAGGGAAGGUGCUGGUACACUGCCGGAUGGGCAUGUCACGGUCAGCCACCAUCGCCAUUGCCUACCUGAUGAUCAAGAAAGGGAUGACAGUCGACGACGGACUGCGCACUCUGCGGAUGAACCGCGCAGUCCGCCCAAACAACGGCUUCCUCCUUCAGCUUGUUCAGCUUGAUACGAAGCUACGCAGUUGAGGCGUUGUACACACCGGCUGCAACAAGUAUGUGCCCGGCAGGCGGGUUCGUUUGAAGCAAACUCAACGACACAGGUCCCUAAAUGGCACUCCUGAGCAAUUGUCAGUAAUGUGUACUGUGUCCUUUGUCAAAUUAUCUACAGACAUACUUUUUUUGUGAUAACAAUACCAGUGAGAAAAUUAAAAUCCAGAUGGCAUGCUGAAAGUGCAUGCUAUCUGGCUUUGCCAGUAGAUUUGGCAUGGUGCCAGCUAAAUUACCACUAAUUUAGCUAGCAGUUUCAGUGCAAUGCUAGAAAUUUAUUGUGUAAAUUUCUAGCGUUGUAUUGAAACACCUUUUGGUGUUGCAGAAAUUUACAUUGUAAAUUUCUAGAACCUGCCCUGUGAGCUUUGUAAAUCCUCAUAGGUGGAAGAAAAAAAAAAAUAUUUAUGUUGGUGUGUCAUCUAGUCUCAAUGCUGCAACUAUCUGUCAAAGCCGUAAAAUGAUGACUGUCUAUGCUCGAAGGCAAAAACAAGGUACAUAACCGAUUUGCAGGAUGGUAAAUUUUUGGAGCAGGGUCACGGGACUCUAAACCAAUUGUACUAAUUCUGGACAAUGUUCCCUUACACACUGUCUAGCAGAGUACAUUUAUUCUUGGACUAGGGGUGUCCCUGAGACAGAGUAAGCCACGUUUGAUACUCUUGCUAUUUAAAUGUUUAAGGAUGAGUAAGUUUUUUUUGUUUUACAUGUGAUGCCACCAGUUUUUAGAUUUGCUUUUCUACAAUAUUUAGGAAGGCACUUCCAUUAAGAGUACAAAGACUCCUGCUUGUAUGGUAAGAGUGGCCUAGCAAGGAACCAAUUCUUUCGCAGAUUUUACAGGCAGUUUAGAUGCAAUGCUUUUGCACUUACAAACUAUGAAAACAACUGUGAUGUUUAGAAAUGAAAAAAAAAAAAAAAGUGUUUUAAAUGACAUGUUUUCAGUGUUGUGUGGAACACUUACACAGAAGUUGUAUUUGCUGUGAUCUUGAGCACAGGUACACCUUUGCAGCAAUAGAUGAAAUUUUAGUCUUCAGAACCUAAAGCGUGUUCCACACUGCACACCAGUACAAAACCAGUGUCGCCAUUGUGUAGUGUGCUUUGCCCAAAGAGUUUUUGGAAUGUUGCACACUCCUCGUAAACGCCAUGUUGUUUCAACUCUGAAUAAAACUUCUAAACUGGUUA